GUUAUUUGAACUGAUUGAUCUUCGAUUCAGAAUUGUUCAUGUUCAUCUUCCAUUCUCUUUUUUUUUUCAAUUGUUUCAUUCUCGAAGAUUUUCCAAUUUGGUCAGUAGAUAAAUUAGCGGACAUCUAUAAGAGUUGAUUUUCAGUUGUUUGUUCAACCUGGAUGUGAAGAUUUGAUAUCAUUAUUAUUGUUUUUAUGAUAUUAGAUAUUGGUUGCUUUCAUGCUGCUGUUAAUUUGGGGCUUAGGGGUAUUUGUUGCAAAUAAAAAAAAAUUAAAUGAGAGACAAAAGGUCUAAUUAGAUGUUUAAAUGCUAUUCUACAAUACUCGAUUUCUUUGGUGAGGUAAAACCACAAGUUAUCGAAGGAAAGGAAUUUGGAACCGGAAGCCCUUUUACUAUUAGGUGAUAUAUUGAAUGAUGUUUGCUGAGGUUGGAGACGACAGAAGAGUUUUACAGCUUUGUUAUCUGUCCAUUCAAAAGAAACAAAUUGAGUUAUUUAACCUUGGAUGGAAUAACUUGAUGAAUGAUUGUACAUGAACUCUUGGUUUAUUCAAGGGUUUGAUAAAGCUGCAGUUUAAGCUCUAAUGAUUAUGAAGGACAGAUAGACAGGGGGGAUGGUAUAUGAAUUGCUAGUUUGCUGCUUCUUUUCAUGAUGCUUUCUGUGUUUUUGGUAAAGUUAAAGAUAAAUAUAGACCUCAACCGUUUGUCUUAGAUCUUAAUUUUUUUACUUAUUUUGCACGGAUUUUAAAAGUUUUAACUGUCUGUCUGUAACACUCCAGAUUAGCCCCAAAUUAAAAAUCCUAAAAUUUGAAGAUUUUCUUUCAAAUCCCUAAAUUUUGAAUGUAGGACUAAAUCAAACUGAUUGAAAUUCGGAUGCCUAAAUGGUGAUUUUAGUGACUCUUUUGUACAAAAAAUAAAACAUUGGGCCACUUCCGUGAACCCUAGGAAACGAAAGGACUAAAUUGGAUAUUUACCCAUUUUUAAUUAGAAUUCAAUCCCUAUUCUAUAAUUGUCUUGCGGCUGCUUGCUUCAAACUUUUUCCCUUCUGCUCCUCUUUGCUUCUCGCCAUUGCAUUGCAUCACUCUUUCCCUCGUCGUCAUUCUUCUUCGCACGAACCAGGGUCGCCGCAAGGUUACUCGAAGGCUUCGUCGCUCCCUCAUCUCUCGUGAUUGUCGCGGGUUCUCCUCUCUCGGUAAACAGAACUGAAAAAUCCAUUUUCCCCUUUGCACAACUGUCGUGGCCGGGGCUGUUCACGGCCGUUUUGGUUUCUCCCUGGCGGGGCUUCGCGUGUGGAAGGCUUAGUCGACCUUUUCAAGCCUGGGCAGCACCCGGGUUAACCUUGGGGGCUGCUGCCGCUUUUGGUGCGGGCUGGGCAGCACCCUGCCGCCGCUGGUAUGCCCUCUGCCACCAUGGGGUGCCCUCUGAAGCCCGUGGGGCGCCCUCAGCCUCUCCUCUGGUGCCCGGCCGCCGCCAUCGUUCAAAUCCAAACACCCGCUGUCCGGUUCCAUUUUGAAUGGGAAAUUAUAUUAAACGCCGUUUUAAUUUUUUCGUUAACCGGAAUUGUUGAAUUGGGGAUAUUAAUUGGAUGCUGUAUUUUUCAGGAGAAAUCGAAUCAGUAACUGAAUUGCCUCCUCCACCGUCGAUAACUGCUAAUUUCGAACCAACCCAUGUUACCCGUAUUGAUCAGCUGACCAUGGGAGACGUCACGAUUGCCAAUAGUUAUUUUGUCGAGGGUAUUGCUUGAACAAUCUUGCUGGAGUAGAACCGGGAAAGUCUUAGAUCACCGCAUAGUGUGGUGUUUUGGUUUUUGAUUGUUGCCACUGCUAUGGCUACGGCCAAGACUCGGACAAGCAGCUUCUGUCGAAACCUUUCCAGUGCAGCCCCAUCUCUAGGCCCUGGACUUAAGUGUGGGCCUAAUGGCAUGGUCUUUCUAUCUUCUGGGAUACCCGACCUUGACAAGGUUUUGGGUGGUGGGUUCCCUUUGGGAAGCCUAGUUAUGGUGAUGGAAGAUGCAGAAGCACCUCAUCACAUGCUUUUGUUGAGGAAUUUCAUGGCUCAGGGACUUAUUCACGGCCAACCUCUUCUCUAUGCUAGUCCAGCCAGAGAUCCAAAGGGGUUUUUGGGUACUUUGCCUAGUCCCGCUGCAUCCAAAGAUGACAAAUCCCGGGAACCUGAUCCACAUCAGGAGAAAGGUCUGAGAAUUGCUUGGCAGUAUAAGAAGUAUUUUGGUGAAAAUCAGCUAAAUUUUGAUGGCCAAAGAGAUGGAAAACAUGAGUACUCUAAUGAAUUUGACUUGCGGAAGCCCCUAGAGAGGCACUUAAUCAUUGGGCAGCGCAUAGAUUGUGUUAGCAUCCAAGAUUCUUCGGAUCUUUCCACUCUUCAAGAUAGAUGUGCAACAUUUUUAUCUCAGUUGCCACGAAAUGAUGGCAGCAUUUCUUGUGCUGGUCGUAUCACCAUCCAAUCAUUUUGUGCUCCACAGUGUGCAUAUUCUAACAUGGAGUGGGAGAUGCUUUCAUUUAUUAGAUCUCUCAAAAGCAUGAUACAGUCUUCGAAUUCGGUCGCCAUAAUAACCUUUCCUCCUUCCCUUCUUUCACCAUCCUUCGGUAAAAGAUGGCAGCACAUGGCAGACACGCUGCUUUCUGUCAAAGCAACUCAAGAUGAAGACAAGGAGUUGGCACAACUCAUCACUGGUUACCAGGAUAUGGUUGGCUUUCUGAAUGUGCACAAAGUGGCACGCAUCAACACACAGGUUCCUGUGAUUCUUGAGGCAACAACCUUCUCAAUCAAGUUGCACAAGCGUCGGUAUUUGGUUAUAGAAUGCCUAAAUCAGGCCCCUGUCGAUGGUUCGAGUGGAGCUUCGUAUGGCACAUCGGGUAGUUGCUCUAGUUCCUCCAAAACAGGGAACCUUGAUUUUUGAUUGCAUAGUUCAGUACAGUUGAACCCAUGACAGCAAGAAAAGAGAUGCCAACACAAACCCAAGAACUCUACCAGCGAUGCAA